AUGUCGUUCCCUCCAAGAUUCAUCCGUACCCAGACCCCUCAUGCCCUCCAGUCUACACUCGAACAGGACUCCGUCGACAGUCAACUCCACAACAGCAACAACAGUGACAAGCUCUUUCAAGACCUCGACAACAACAACAACAACAACAACAGCGACACUGACGAGAACGACGACGAGGAAAGAGACGAAGGCCGGGAACAGUCAGACUCCAUUAUCAACCUCAGCCAACCCUCCAGUCUUCCCACCUCAUUCCCCCGCUUCGCCUUCCUCAGCGCACCAACAACGACACAAGGCGACAGCUUCGCCCUGCUCGCCGACAAGACGUCCAAGCGCGUCCGGGUAACACACCCCACGUCUUCUCAAAACAGGAGCUCAAGCAAGAGCAUGAGCAGGAGCAGGAGUACAACCCCGACUCUAUUGGACGUUGACGACAGCGAUUACAAACCCGCUACCUCGUCCCCCACAAAAAGGGUGCGCUUUGACGAAUCCAAGAACAGGGUACACUGGCACCACCGCAGCAGCAGUGUCAGCCCACCCGGCAGCCCUGUUCCCGCCAUCAACCUCAAGGCGCAGCCACUUGCUUCUGCUCUUCUCCACCGAUCUCAAUAUGGUGGCAAUCAGUCGCCUUCGGCCUCGUUUGACUUUGACGAGAGCUUUACUAGUGUCAGUAGCAGCACCAGCGGUAAUGGCAGCGCCGGGAACCAGUCCCCGGAAAAGUUUACUCUCUCGCUCGAGAACACCUCUCAGGACGUCAUGGACUUUGCAUCUAGUCUGACCCGUCUCAUGGGUAGUGGCAACUUGGGAGGAUCACAGGAAUCCGACAGCAGCAGCACCACUGGCACAAGCUUUGCUGCCUUCAACAGCCCCCUGCCCAUGUCGGCAUCGUCGCGGAUCUUUAGCAACAUGUUCCAGGCAUCGCCUCCUUCGCCAGUCAGACCCUCCUUCAUGUCGUACUCCCCACCUCCUUCCUCCUCUUUGAGCUCCUGCUGGUCACCCACCAUAGACGACGACGAGGACGACUCUAUGGAGACGGCCCCUAGAAUCUCGCCUCCUCCUCCCCCAGUUCCCGUCCAGAAGGCCCGCGCACCAUUCGUCCCUCGACGACCCCGCAACACUGGCAACCUCUCGCCUACGCGUCCCGGCGCAGUCCCCGGUGCUCCCAGACGGUUCCCUUCGAUGUUGAAGCGUGAGGCGUCAAAUGCCUCCUUCUUGGACAACUACCCAGCUAGCCUUGCGCCUGGACCCGACGACGACGACUACAAUCCUUCUCCGUCUUCUGUCUCUUGCGUCUCUCCACCUCCUCCUGCAGCAGUGCCAGUCGUUCCAAGAAUUCCGACCCCUCCACGUGAAGCCUCCGCGAACCCCGCCCUCCAGUCUGUUGCCUCUUCUAUCAUUCCUGUCGUUUCUCUUCCUUUGAUGUCGGCAGGAGCUGCCGCCAGCACCCCCUUGCUUCGAAAGUCCCUCUCGGACAUUCCUCUCCGAUCACUCAAGAACAGGUCUAAUAUCAACUUUGGCAACUCUCAUUUGGACGCUCAAAAGAUUGUCCCCCAGUUCAAGAAGUCUGCUUCGUUCAACGAGUUCAUGGAUACCUGUAGCAGCAACAACAACAACAAUAUCCACAAGAACUUGUCGCAAGAAGAUGUCAUUAUGUCUCUUGCUCCUCUCUUCCCUCUUCAGAGCUCCAUCGACUCCCAGCUUGUUUAG